AUUUAUCUCAAAGUUUGCCGCCACCGCCAAAGGAACUGAUAACGUUUGUGGUGGGCUCACGAAAUAUGAAAGUUGUACAUAAUUUAAAAAAUGUUUUGUUAGAAUUAGAGAGAGAAUGCCUGUUACAAAAUAUGGGUUGUGAUGUUUUAUUACUUAAAAAAUGAAUAGUACAGAAGUUUUAAUUUGGAAAUCAUUAGUUUCUUGAGUUAUCAGUUGUUUAACCUUUAAAGUUGUAUGAGAUAACAGGCUGUUAUGUGAAUAAUAAUCUACAGAAUAAUAAAUUUUAGUUUUGGAAUACUCAGAUUGAUCAUUAGAGUCAAUAUGAAAGACAGAAAAAUGGAUAGAAACAGUAUUAUAUUAGUCUAUGUAGUUUUCAUUGGGCCUCUGUCUAUUUCAUUGUUUUUAUAUGGGUUUUUUCCUUUGAUAAACCAUGAUAACACUGUAGCAACACAAAACAAUAUUCCAAAAUUUAUAGAAAAUGUGAGAAUAAAGACAGAUACAUUGUAUCAACCUAUGGUAAAAAGACUGAUUAUUAUGGUUAUUGAUGCUUUGAGAUGGGAUUUUGUAAUAGGGCCAGUUGGAAAGUUAGCAAUGCCUGUAACAAGUAAUCUUAUAGCAAAUGGUUCUGCAUGUUUGUUACAAGCUAAAGUGCAACCACCAACUGUCACAAUGCCUAGAAUAAAGGCAAUUACUACUGGUGUAGUACCCAAUUUCAUUGAUGUAGCUCUAAAUUUUGGUAGUAAACCAAUUGCUAGUGAUAGUAUGCUUCUUCAGGCAAAGAGAAAUGGUCAUAAAUUAAUAUUUUAUGGUGACAAUACUUGGCUCACUUUGUUUCCUUCUAUAUUUCAUCGUUAUGAUGGUACUACAUCCUUUAUUGUAACAGAUUUUACUGAGGUUGAUAAUAAUGUGACUAGACAUUUACACAAAGAAUUGUACAAUAACAAUGACUGGUCCAUAAUGAUUCUUCAUUAUCUAGGACUUGAUCAUAUUGGUCAUGUCCAUGGACCAUUUAGUCCACUUAUUAAAACUAAAUUAAAAGAAAUGGAUGAUAUAAUUGCCAAUAUUCAAUCUCAGAUUCAAAGUUGGAAUCAAAAUAAUGAUUCUUCCUUAUUUAUUAUCUGUGGGGAUCAUGGGAUGAAAGAUUCUGGAGGUCAUGGUGGAUCAACAAUAUCAGAAACAACUGUUCCUUUCAUUGUAAUUGGAGGAAACUGCUUUCAAAGUCACAAUAGUUUCACAGAAAUAUCACAAAUAGAUAUUGCAUCUACAUUGUCUGUUAUCUUGGGAAUGCCAAUACCAUUUUCCAACAUAGGAACUGUUUUUGUAGAUACUUUAUAUAACUUACCUACUUCCAAAAAGUUAUAUCUACUUUAUUAUAAUUCCAAGCAAGUGUUCCAUCAUUUUCAAAAGCUAACUGAUUAUGAGUCUUUCUAUGGGUAUAAAAAAUAUCUAGAGGCAGUGAAGCUUCAUAAUGCUUGGUUAAAUACUAAAGACCAUCCAAAUGACAUGACAGAUGAUAUUGCAUUGUUAUACAAAACAGCACUGAAAGAAAUGAAAGAAGUACUCAUAAAUAGUAUGAUAAAAUAUGAUUUUCAAAUAAUAAUCAUAUCCAUAUUUUUCUUGUGUCAUAUCACUUGUAUCUUGAUGGGAAAAAUAUUUCCUAUGGUGGUUAAAUUAAAAAGAAUUUCAUUUUUUAUUAUUUUAAAUAUACUUUCAAUGGUACUGAUAAAUCUUAUCUGGCAAUCUGAAGACAUAUCAUUACUUAAUUCAAGGAAUCUGACUACUUUCAUCGUACUAUUGUUUAUAGCAACUAUUAUAAUUCUAAAUUCUUGUAUACUUAGCAAUGUCAGAUUUCCAACUCUGGAGAAAAUAGGAAAUAUAACAGGAAAGCAUCUGUUUGUAUUUGGUUCAUUGAUACAUGCAAUUAGUCUUGGUGGUAGUAGCUUUGUGGAAGAGGAGCAUCAAACUUGGUAUUUCUAUUGGGUCACAGUUCUUACCUUAUUGCUUUACAACUCCACUACAAAAUAUCUUUCUGAUUUACAAUUCUACAAAAAUUCCCAGCAUUUGUAUGCACGAAAUUGUAUUAAGCUUUUUCUGCUACUAGUAGGACACAGGGUACUUAGGAAAUUAAAUAGCACCGGGGAUAAAUAUGCUCAUCUUCCUGAUAUAGCAGGAUUUUUUAUAGAGCAGGAAAGCAUGCUAGGCAUGACUAUUGUGCUUGUUGUUGGUCUUACACUUUUAAUAUGGAUUGAUUUUGUACACGAAGACCAAGUAUACAAACAGCAAUCAUUAGUGUCUAAUAUCAUAACUAGUUUAUGCAUUUAUCUUCGUCAUAUGCACAACAAUAGUGUUAUGAAAAUUUCAUUUUAUCCUUCAUCUAGAGGAAUAUAUGAAGUUCAAAUUUUCUGGAUGUUACUUGCAAUUAAUUGUGGAAAUUAUAUUUAUCGUUCGGUGUUAGCAAUCAAACAGGAAAAGACUAUUUUUUUAAGAGUCACAUUAUUUUCUAUAGUCCGAAUUUGGAUUAUGAUUUCAGCGAUGCUACAUCAGCCACAUAAUGUAUUGCUUUUGCCAUUACAAAUCAUUUUUAGCAGUGUAAUUCGCGAUAUAAUUGAAAAUGAUACCAUGCAAGAAAUUAAUAUAUUUCUGUAUGCUUGGAUUGGCAAUGUGUUCUAUUUUUAUCAGGGAAAUUCUAAUAGUUUGGCGACUAUUAAUGUAGCCGCCGGUUACGUUGGUAUACAAUCUUAUAUGCCAUUUGUUAAUGGAUCAUUGAUGUUAAUUAAUGUUUAUUCUGCACCUGUUUUGGCCUAUAUUUUACUCGUUUAUCAUUCAAUAUUACAGUACCCGCACAAUACACCUGAGAUUAUUACACGAAUUAGUAAAAAGUACAUAGGAUGGAAAUUUGUACCACUGACUAUUUAUACGAUAAUAAUCAGUAUUCAACGUCAUCAUUUAUUCGUUUGGUCGGUAUUCUCACCGAAAUUAUUGUACGAAGCUGUACAUUCCACUGUUAUUUGUUUCAUAGUGUUAAUCGUACUAAUUUUAAUUAUAUUACAAAAGAUAAUAAACAAUUGUGAUAGAUGAUCUUUCACAUAA